AUGGCGUAUUCUACCUUGGCUGCAUUUAUCUCCCUGUUGUUUUUUAGCACUUUCAGCUUAACUUCUUCAAUUGAAGUUAAUCACGAUGGAAGAGCCAUAACCCUCAAUGGCGAGCCCAGAAUUCUCCUCUCAGGCGCUAUUCAUUAUCCCCGAAGCACCGCCCAGAUGUGGCCGGAUUUGAUGAAGAAAGCCAAGGAAGGCGGUCUGGAUGCGAUUGAGACGUACGUUUUCUGGAACGCUCAUGAACCGGUUCGUGGUCGGUAUGAUUUUUCCGGCAACCACGAUCUCAUUAGGUUUAUCAAAACCAUCGACGAUGCCGGAAUGUACGCUGUUCUCCGCAUUGGUCCGUAUGUUUGCGCCGAGUGGAAUUACGGAGGAUUUCCGGUAUGGGUGCACAAUUUGCCCGGCGUUCAUGAGCUCCGUACCGCCAAUGAAGUGUAUAUGAAUGCGAUGCAAAACUUUACAACCUUGAUUGUUGACAUGGUGAAAAAGGAGAAGCUAUUUGCUUCACAAGGAGGGCCUAUCAUUCUGGCACAGAUUGAGAAUGAGUAUGGCAAUGUGUAUGAACCUUAUGGAGCUGCUGGAAAAGCCUAUCUUGAUUGGUGUGCAAACUUUGCUAACUCUCUUCACACUGGAGUUCCAUGGCUCAUGUGCCAGCAAAAGGAUGCCCCUGAACCAAUGCUUGAAACCUGCAAUGGUUGGUAUUGUCACCAAUAUAAGCCCAGGAACCCUACUACCCCAAAGAUGUGGACUGAGAAUUGGACUGGAUGGUUCAAGAACUGGGGAGGCAAAGACCCAUUAAGAACUGCAGAGGAUGUUGCAUUUGCAGUGGCAAGGUUUUUCCAGACGGGAGGAACUUUCCAGAACUACUACAUGUAUCAUGGUGGAACGAAUUUUGGUCGCACUGCUGGUGGUCCGUAUAUCACCACAACCUACGACUAUGAUGCCCCACUCGAUGAAUAUGGCAAUGUGAAGCAACCAAAGUAUGGUCAUUUGAAGCAACUCCAUGAUGUGUUACACUCUGUUGAGAAGAUUCUCACCACCGGAAAUAUUACCACCACUGAAUUGGACAAUUCUCUUCAGAUCACAGUUUAUGCUUUGAAUGGCACAUCAACUUGCUUCUUUAGCAAUGCAAAUGAGACAUCUGAUGCCACCAUCAACUACCAAGGAGUUGACUAUGAUGUUCCUGCUUGGUCUGUUAGCAUUCUGCCUGAUUGCAAGAAAGAAGCUUUUAACACUGCCAAAGUCAAUACCCAGACUAAUGUCAUGGUGAAAGACUCGAACACGGCUGAGCAGGAGCCUUCUUCACUGAAAUGGUCAUGGAGACCUGAGAAGAUUGAUGACACUGUGGUCCUUGGCAAGGGAGAUUUCUCCGCAAAUCAAAUUUUUGACCAGAAGAUCACUAAUGAUGUCAGUGAUUACCUGUGGUACAUGACAAGUGUGAACCUAGACAAGGAUGAUCCCAUCUGGAGCAAUGAUAUGAGCAUCAGGAUUAACCACACUGGCCAUCCAUUGCACCUUUAUGUGAAUGGGGACUUCAUUGGCUCCAACUGGACCACUUAUGGGGUUCCCAAGUCUGUCUUCGAGACCAAAGUGAAAUUCAGACAUGGAAAGAACCAAAUCUCGAUUUUGAGUGCUGCUGUUGGUCUCCAGAACUAUGGUUCAUUCUUCGAUUUGGCUGGAACCGGAUUGUCCGGUGGCCCAGUUGAGAUCGUUGGAACAAAAGGCGAUGAGACCAUCUCUAAAGACAUAUCUUCCCACAAAUGGACGUACAAGGUUGGACUCCAUGGCGAAGCCAACAAACUGUUCAGUAAUCAAUCUCGCUUUGCUUCUCAGUGGCAAUCUGAUAAGCUCCCUGUCAAUUCUAGGAUGACUUGGUACAAGACCACGUUCAAGGCUCCACGGGGAAAAGAUGGAGUUGUGGUGGACUUGCUUGGUUUAGGCAAGGGAUUUGCGUGGGUGAAUGGCAACAACUUAGGCCGUUACUGGCCGAGCUUUUUAGCCGAGGAUGGUUGCUCCACGGACCCUUGUGAUUACAGAGGAUCAUACGACAACAACAAAUGCGUCUCAAAUUGUGGCAACCCAACACAGAGAUGGUACCAUGUUCCGCGAUCCUUCCUUAACGACGGCGACAAUAAUGAACUCGUCCUUUUUGAGGAGAUCGGAGGCAACCCCACCAAUGUGAGCUUCAAAACAGUGAGGGUUGGGAGUGUUUGUGCAAAUGCCUAUGAGAACAAAUUGAUGGAGAUAUCAUGCCAUGGCCGCCCAAUUUCUGGCAUUAAAUAUGCCCAUUUUGGCGAGACAGAAGGGCUGUGUGGGUCGUUCGAGAAGGGCAGUUGCGGUGGCGCUAAGGAUGCUCUAACCAUUCUCAAAACUGCGUGCGAGGGGAAGGAGUUCUGCUCGGUGACUGCUACUGAGGAUGUGUUUGGCAAGACAAAUUGUGAUGGAAAGAGAAAGAAGUUGGUGGUGGAAGCUGUUUGCUCGAUGUAGUUUCCAUAGUUUUAGUUUAGUUGUUUUAGUUAGUGCUAGUUUAGUUACUAGCUAGCGUUUGAUGAUUGACUUUAGUUAAUUAAUAAAAGUGAUUUUUAGCA